AUGUCUCGUAUAAAUUACACGGAUGGAAUCAAUGGACAAACUCCAUCGCCUGGCUGCCCGAAAAUCAGCGUUCAGGAUGGACUGGUUGUCUAUGAUAUAUUUUCGGAGCGACACGUAGGAACUCAUGCGUUGAUUCUGUGCAGUUUGGGAUUUUCGUCGAAAGGGGCAACGAAUAUUCGUUGCGGAUCCGAUUCUAGAUGGGAGACAACCCCCGGUGAAUGUGUUGGUCCAGCCAAAUGCCCCGAGUUAACAAUCAACAAUGGAAUAGUUUAUUAUGAUUUACUACUACCUAGAGUAAAAGGUACUUCUGCAUUUCUUAAAUGCGAUGAUGAUACCGUACCCACACAACCGUCCUUCAUUGUUUGUGGUAAUAAUGGAGAAUGGAAUCAACAAAUCGGAUCGUGCAAAUCAAACAAUGCAGUAACUGGGACUCCUUUAGUCAAAUGCCCUCUAAUGAAUAAAGUCAAAAAUGGAUACAUCUUUUAUGGAGUGUUGCAGCAACGCCAAGUAAACAGUAAAGCGCAUCUCAUUUGUGCACUAGGCUACAUUCCGAGUGGCGCACUUAUGGCCACGUGUCAUACUGGAGGAUAUUGGUCUGGGCCGCUCGGUGAAUGUAAAGCACUGAUCAGUGGAUAA